UGUUUCCUGAGCUCUUCUGGGAAGAAGCCUGGGUUUUAUCUGCCCAAAAUUAGCAAUGUGGGGCAUCCCAAAAGGGCAGAUGGGAUUAGAUGAAGCUGCUGGAGGCUGCUGGGCCAGCCAGAGUGGUGGGAUCUGCCCAGCAGCAGGCAAGUGCAUAGCGUAAUGUCCAUGCUGUACUACACUCUGAUUCUAGCUUUUUUGAUCGGCACACAGGCAGCUCCAAAGUCAGAGGACAAUGCUCCACUGGAGUAUCCUGCAGAACACUCCCUGCUCAAUACCCACCAGAGUAACAGACACCACAUUACCAAGGCAGCUCCACAGACAUCCAACAGCCACUCUGCUUGGACGAUACGUGGAAGAGAAGCUAUAAAUAUCACCAUGGACUCAAAAUUUUUUAGGAGGCGUUUCAGGUCUCCUCGGGUGCUGUUCAGCACACAGCCCCCCCCGCUGUCAGGGCAAGGACAGAAUACGGGAUUCCUCAACAGGACUGCCAGGACCAAGAGGACCACACAUCCUGUGCUACACAGGGGAGAGUUCUCAGUGUGCGACAGUGUCAGCAUGUGGGUUGGGGACAAAACCACAGCUACUGACAUUAAAGGCAAAGAGGUGACAGUGUUGGGAGAGGUCAACAUUAAUAACAACAUUUUUAAGCAAUACUUUUUUGAGACCAAGUGCAGGGACCCUAAGCCAGUCUCCAGUGGGUGCCGAGGGAUCGAUGCGAAGCACUGGAACUCUUACUGCACCACAACACACACCUUUGUCAAGGCGCUGACAAUGGAGGGCAAGCAAGCGGCCUGGCGAUUCAUUCGAAUUGACACAGCCUGUGUGUGU